AUGAACUCACGGCCAGAUCAUGCCAUGGAACGCCGAGCUUUCCAAGUAUCCUGUGAGAGAUGCAGAAAAAGGAAGAUCAAAUGCGAUCGUCUUCAGCCCUGUACCAAAUGUGAGAAAGCAGGAGUUGAAUGCACCUUUAUGGGCUCGGGUGAGAAGCAAAGACCCGUCUCUCGAGGCUAUGUCCAAGCUCUAGAAGGGCAAAUAGCGUCACUCGAAAAGUUCAUCACCAAGCUCAUCGCCGUCGAUGGCCCCCAACGCGAUGAAAUGCUGGCCAAUUUUGGCAAAUCGUCUGGUCAUUUCCAUCCCCCGUCACAAGACUUCAACACAUCCAGCACAUCUCCUGGCGCUGCCUCGAAAGCGAUUUCAAUAAGAUCAACGACGGGACAUCUCAGGAGAGUGAGAGAUGGCAAGGCAGCGGAAUUCUAUGGUCCUACCAGCUUCUUUCAGAUCAGUCCCUCAGACACUCUAGAUCAUGCGACUUCAGCUACGGAAAACCUCUCACUCGAUCCUUCUUCAAGUCUCGGAGAGCAAAAAAUUGUGAUUACGAAUUCUCUUGAAGAAUCCAGCAUCUAUUCCGAUUCUCAGCUAGCUUUCUCUCCACAAAGCCACAUCUGCCGAACACUGAUGGCAUCAUUCUUCAAGAAUCAAUAUCAGUAUCAUAUGUGUCUAUAUCGAGAGUAUUUUCUGAGAGACUUCAAUACCGGGAAAGGGCCAUAUUACUCGGAUCUACUCAUGUACGCCAUCUGCGCCAUGGGAGCUCUGGCUAGCGAAGAGAUUGCUCUGCGCGAGCUAUCAGAUGUGUUUUUCAACCGCGCUCAGCAACUGCUCUACGGAUCCGCGUUAGAGUCGCCCAAUCUAACGACUUUGCAAGCGCUUAUUCUCUUGGGACAUCGCGAGAUAGGGCAUGGGAAGAUGUCAAAAGGGUGGCUCUUCUCUGGCAUGGCGUUCAGACUUGCUCACGAGAUGGGCUUACAUCUUGACCCAAGUAACUGGAAAGGUUCCGACGACUCUCGUGUGGAAAGAGAGAUUCUACGACGGACUUACUGGGCGGCUUUUGUGGCCGACAAGCAUUUGUCUCUGUACUUCGGACGACCACCCGCGCUGUAUCCUAGGCAAUCGGACGUCAACGACACAAUCCGGAUUCCGUAUCCCCCGGAAUGGGAGUCUCUUCUCAACACGUAUAUCAUGAAAGGUACUUCCGAGACUGCUUAUGAAGAUGGACUGUCACUCGUUGCGUCAUUUGUUCAGCAAGCUGAGUUGUGCAAGAUCCUGCAUCGUAUGAUUAUUGAAGUUUUUGAGAAUCGAAGCGCGAACACGGAUGAGACUGUGUUGGCGACUUCGGUCAAGGAUAUCGAUGUUGCGUUGAAGAAGUGGUCUGCGAAUCUUCCGGCAAAGCUUCAUUGGAAUCAGUGGUCGGUGGGUCCGAUUCCAGCCCUUGUGCUUCAUUUGCACAUGAUGUAUCAUACAGCAUUAAUCAUUCUGCAUCGACCUCCACGGAACCUCCUCCGCGACCCUGCUGUUGCCACCAGCGAAGAUGUCAAAACGUGCUACGAAUCUCAGGACGCCAUCGUCAAAUUAAUUGGAAUUUAUUCCAGACAACAUCAGUAUAGCCACUUACCCUUGACUUUUGUGCACAUUCUUGCGUCUGCGGCGAGCAUUGUGCUCAUGAGACGACACAUUGACGGGGCUUCAUGGGCUCAGCCCGAAGUAUCCAAGUCGCUCGGAGUGAUCUUAGACGCUCUCGAUGGUAUAUCUCAUACUUGGCCAUGUGCAAAGCAAGUUCGGGCAGUAAUAAAUUCUGCAAUGAAGGAGGGCACGCCAGAAGCUGGAGCUGGAGGUUUUGCUCUUAGUAAGUCUCCUGAAGGUUUCGAUCUCAUGACAGGCUUGGCAGGACUGCCAGAGGUCGGGAAUGACGACUUCUUGAAUGGAGAGUUUGGUUUCAAUAUGGACGAUGCUGAUAUCGGGUUUUAUCUGAAUGAGGAUUACUUGAAUGACCCUUUUCAGGGUGAAGAAUGGUCGUUCACGUGA